AUGAGGAGGGAGAACCAGAGCAGUGUGUCUGAGUUCCUCCUCCUGGGGCUCCCCGUCCAGCCAGAGAAGCAAGGCAUGUACUGCGCCCUGUUCCUGGCCAUGUACCUGACCACGGUGCUGGGGAACCUGCUCAUCAUCCUGCUCAUCAGGCUGGACUCUCACCUCCACACCCCCAUGUACUUCUUCCUCAGCCACUUGGUCCUCACUGACAUCUGCUUCUCCUCAGUCACAGCUCCAAAGAUGCUCAUGGACAUGCUGAUGCAGACUCAGUCCAUCUCAUAUGCUGGGUGCAUUUCCCAGGCAUAUUUUUUCGUAUUGUUUGGGGCUCUUGACAGCUUCCUCCUCACCUCAAUGACCUAUGACAGGUAUGUGGCCCCUGCACUACACCAAAAUGAUGAGACAGAGCCUUGUUUUCUGCUAGUGGUGGUGUCCUGGGUCUUGUCCUCUGCUAUUGCCCUUGUGCACACCCUCCUCCUAGCCCGGCUGAAGAGCAGCAUGAACCAGACCAGUGUGUCCGAGUUCCUCCUCCUGGGGCUCCCCGUCCAGCCAGAGGAGCAAGGCAUGUUCUAUGCCCUGUUCCUGGCCAUGUACCUGACCACGCUGCUGGGGAACCUGCUCAUCAUCCUGCUCAUCAGGCUGAACUCUCGCCUCCACACCCCCAUGUACUUCUUCCUCAGCCACUUGGCCUUCUCUGAUGUCUGUUUAUCAUCUGUCACUGUUCCUAAGAUGCUCAGGAACAUGCAGACUCAGCACCUGUCCAUCCCCUACAAGGGAUGCAUUUCUCAGGUAUACUUUUUCUUACUUUUUGUCUGUGUUGACAAUUUUCUUCUUGCAGUGAUGGCCUAUGACAGGUAUGUGGCCAUUUGCCACCCCCUCCACUACACCAUCAUCAUGAGGAAGGAGCCGUGUGUCUUAUUGGCAGCUGGGUCCUGGUUCUUCUCUUGUGUGCGUGCCCUCUUGCAUACCCUCCUCCUUUCCCACCUGUCCUUCUGUGCUGACAACACCAUCCCCCACUACUUCUGUGAUCUCACUGAACUCCUGAAGCUGACCUGCUCAGACACCUCCCUUAAUGAGCUAGUUAUCCUCACCGAGGGGGGAGUGUUAACUGUCCUGCCUUUGAGUGCUAUUUUGGGCUCUUAUGUCUGCAUUGGAGCUACCGUCCUAAGAGUCCCCUCCACUAAGAAGAUCUGCAAAGUUCUGUCCACCUGUGGCUCUCACCUCUUCUUGGUGUUUUUGUACUAUGGGACUCUUGCAGUUAUUUAUUUCUUUCCUUCCUCCAACAAUUCCCGGGUCAAGGAUGUCAUUGCUUCGGUCAUGUAUACAGUGGUGACACCCAUGUUGAAUCCCUUCGUCUAUAGCCUGAGGAAUAGAGACAUGAGAUUGGCCCUGGGGAUGCUUUACAGAAAAGGGGUCACAUUCACCAAGUGA